UGCGGUGCGUCUCUGGGCCGGGCGGAAAUCCUCUGCAGCCCGUGUGAGACCAGCGCUGCACGCUGCCAUGCGGUGAGCGGGCAGUGAGCGGCGAUCGGGUCCCAGAGUCGCUCUGCCCGUGUGUCAGGUCCGGUGUUACGGCUCGGGAUAAGCGGCGGCCGUGUGCCAGGAAAGAAGAAACGCGCCGUCCUCCCCACGCGGCUCACCGAGCUCUCCUUUCUCGCGAAGGCCUCCCGAGUUCGGGUCGCGGGAUGGGCUGUCGGCCUCGUGCGCACCGCAGGGUCUGUAAGCGCUGGCUGUGAGCUGGGCCUCUGUGAUACUGCUCAGGAGCAGAAAUGGAUUCCCCAGGCAAAGGGCAAUGGCUGACCCAUGAAGAAAUACUCACCUCACCUCCUUCUAUCCUUCAUUUCUGACGUUUGCCUUUGAUUACGGAGAUGAGUGACUUUACCUGUUCUAUUGAUCAGAAUAAAUUACCAGCAGCUAAUUUAUGAACCUCACAAAAGUGCCUCUGACAUGGUGAAUUGUACUCUGUUGUUCAGAGAAAAGAUUUAAGUAGACAUGGAACUUGAAAGAAUCAUUAGAGAGACACUGACGUGCUUCAUCCAGUCCCACAUCCCUGCUGCAGACCUCAGUGGGAUGGAUGAAGUUUUCUUCUCUUACAUUACGGGUGUCCUGGAAGAGCUGGGUUCACCAGAGUCCUCUGAGGAAACCUUCGACAUGGACACCUUUGUGGAAAUGAUGGAGGCAUAUAUCCCUGGCUUUGCAGAAAUUCAGAGUGGGAAUGUUUGUGAAAUGAUGUUCUCUCUCUCAGAAAGGCUUGGUGAAGCACGUAACAAAGAAAAACCUAGCCAAAAAGCUGUGGAAAGCAGAACAGAAGUGCCCUCUGAAGACCUGACCAAAGGCCAGGAGCCUGGAGCUGGAGUCUGCAAAGAUGAAAGGCUGUGCACACCUACAGACGGAGCUGGGGCCCAGGCAGGCGAUGACUUGAAGGGUGGUGUGGAGCUGCUACUGGAGAUGUUCCCAGCCUGUACUGUAAGCCAGGCAGAGAAGGCACUAGCGAUGGCCCUGGGUAACUUGGAAGAAGCAGUGCAGUUAAUUGUGGAAGAGAAGGUGGAAAUCGGCACAGCAGGUGCAAGUGUGAAGGAGCUGGUGCGGCCCCGCAGAGCACCCAACCAUGAGGAACUAAAGCAGGUUAUCUUACAGAAAUAUAUGAUGGUGGAUAGUGCAGAAGAUCAGAAAACACAUCGACCCGCUCCACCGAAAGAGGCUCCCAAGAAGCUGAUCCGCUACAUCGAUAACCAGGUGGUGAGUACGAAGGGAGAGAGGUACAAAGACAUAAAGAAGCCAGAAAGUGAGGAGAUGAAGAAAACUUACAUCAGCCUCAAACCAGCCAGGAAGUACAAGUUCCACUGACGGCCGUGUUCUCUCUUCCCCUGCUCUUCAGCCUCCACCACACUGGCCAGGUGUGGAGGAUGGACAUGCAGCACUGGGGAUGAAGGGACUCCCCUACCCAACACUAACUGGAACUAACCUAGGAGCCAGGACACUGCUUUCAGCUUCCUGAACUAACCUAGCUGAUAAGGUCAAGUCUCCUCUCCUUGUGUAGCUGCGCUUCUGCCCCUGGGGCACUCCAUAAUGGUUGUUGGGAGCCUGGGCGUUCUCUGCUAUUCCUUGCACGGGACUUUAGAUCUAAAAAUGUAGCUUGUGGUUUUGCAGCAAGCUUUUUAGAAAUCUCUGUGCACUGUUGCUUUGAGUGCAAGUGUUAAUAAAGGUGAUGUGAGUUGGUGUGUA